AUGGCGGACGUGACAAAAGACGAGGAGGCUUCAUCCGGGCAGAAACCGCUUCCCGCGCAGACAUUGCAGGGCAAAGUUGCGAUUGUCACGGGCUCGAGCCGCGGACUCGGCGCCGACAUGGUCCUGGAUCUGGCGAGGAGAGGCGCAAAGGUCGUCAUCGUCUACACAUCACCAUCCUCCGCCACCCCCGCGGCCAAGCUGGUCGAGAAGAUCGAGCACCUGCCCAACGCAUCCUCUGCGAUCUCGGUGCGCGCGGACCUCUCGCAGGUUUCGGCACCGGACGAGAUCGUCGCGCAGACCCUCUCCGCGUUCGGAUCCAACAUCGACAUCCUGGUCAACAAUGCGGCGGUGCAGGUGGCGCGGCCGCUCGGCGACAUCACCCGCGACGACUACGAGCGCGUCUACGACGUCAACGUGCGCGGCGUCAUCCUGAUGACGCAGGCCGUGCUGCCGCACAUGCCGCCGCGGUCGCGCGUGGUCAACAUCUCGAGCGUCGGGGCCCGCGCCGGCUUCGCCACCCUGUCGCUGUACACGUCGAGCAAGGCCGCGCUCGAGGGCCUCACGCGCUCCUGGGCCGCCGAGCUCGGCGCCCACGGCACCACCGUCAACUGUGUCGCCCCCGGCCCCGUCCAGAGCGAGAUGCUCGACACCAUCCCCCCAGCCAUCGUCAAGAUGCAGAUGGACAACACCCCGCUAGAAAACCGUGUCGGCACUCCCCCCGAGGUGAGCAAUGUCGUCGCCUGGCUCGCCGGCCCCGAGAGCGGCUGGGUCACGGGCCAGGUGCUCAACGUCAGUGGCGGAUGGACCAUGUAUUGA